UUAGGGGACAAAUAACUGCUCAUUCAUUGCACCCCAGUCAGCAUGGGGGUGCUGUAAGAGCUCGGGAAUAAUUGUGCCGACCAAUAAGCCUACGGAGAUGCUUUAAUCCUGUCUCCCUCCCUAAAGUGUUCUGGAACCUAUCAUUUGAAUUAGCCGAGUCAGGCAAGGAGGGGGCGGGGAGUCCUUCCGCCCUUCUUAGGAGGGGCUGCAUUGCAGGGGGAGACUGAGCAGAUAGACUCAGCCACCGGAGAGGGAGAGAGAGUGAGAAGACAAAGCCGUCAAAACCCCAACAGCUUUCUUUUUCUCCAGCCCCGAGCAGACGCCGGAGCCCCCGAGUUAUGAGGGACCCUGUGAGUAGCCAGUACAGCUCCUUUCUUUUCUGGAGGAUGCCCAUUCCAGAACUGGAUCUGUCGGAGCUGGAAGGUCUGGGUCUGUCAGAUACAUCCAUCUACAAGAUCAAAGACAGCAGCACUGGCAAAAUGACCGGGCAAGCAACUGGAGUAGAACAGGAGAAGAAUUCCGAAGGCGAUGCCCUCCUUGAAUACAGCACCUUCAACUUCUGGAGAGCUCCUAUUGCCAGCAUCCACUCCUUUGAACUGGACUUGCUUUAAGCCCAAGACUUCUCUCCCACCACCUUGCCCUCACUGCCUUCCCUUUCAAGCCCCUUCCUUUCCACCCUUUUCUCCUAUUAAUCUUGCUCUUUCCUCUCCAUUGUGUUGAGGUGGUGCUGAUGAAUCUGCCAGAGUUGUGUUGUAUUUAUUUAUUUAUGUAUUUAUUUAUCUUACUGGUUUCUCUCAAGAGCCCUUAAGCCACAAAGGAAAGGGUUCAAGGAAUGGAGUAUUGAUUGGAUCACAGGGAUCCCCCCCCCCCCCAUGAUAAUUCAGAAAACAGGCCUGGUGGAGGCACCAGAGAGUAGCACAGUAGUACAAAAUGGAGGAUUUUUUUUUUUUUUUUACUUCAUUUUAAACAGCUUUAGAAAUUGCUCAAACUUAAUUUCCUGCUCUGGAUCAGUAAACACAAAUCUUUCUUCCAGGGUUGAUGAAGAAACCUUACAAGUUUUCAUUUGAGAUUAUCGGAUUUCUAAAAGGCUAUGCUAUGUCUUUUGCUAUUUGAUCCUACUCCUUGUAAUACACUUUCUCUCAGAGAAACUGGGGGUAGUUAAAAAAGUAUAAAACAAGAGGAAAUAAUACAUCAUGGAAAAACGAAAAUAGGGGACAGCAUUGAAUCAUUUUAGAAAUAAGUACAUUCUCAAAAGGUUGUACCUUCUUCAAGCCUACUCACUUUGUAAUUUUGCCCAUAACUCAAAACUCUUGAGGAAAAUGACUCCAAGUUCACUUCUUAAGACACGAUCUUUCUGACUACGAUAACUUGUUAGGUUUUGAUUCCGUUUCUAAAAGGCAGAGUUUGGUCUUUAGUAUUAUAGUCUUGCCCAGCAUCUGCAAUGUAUGAUACUGAUCAAUGAGCCUCAGGCACAAUUCUUCAGCUUUGAGACCAUGAAACAAUCACAUAAUGACCUUACACCUUGUCCCCUCAUUCCAAAAUUAUUGCCGCUGAUUUGUGCUGCCAUCCACUCAUUUCUUUAAUAAAGGCAUUCAAUCCCA